CGGCGGAGUUCCAAAUAUGGUUGGCACUGCGUACCCGUAUGAGCGACAAGCAGUAAAAAAAAGUCUCUUUUUUCUUCUCUGAGAAUUGCCCCCGUUCGUCAUGUACCAAGAAAUCGGCUUACUAUGUGUACUGCUGUUACCGAUUCUGGUCAUUCAUUGGCUGAGAACCAGCGACACAGCCUUGGAUUCGUUGGACCGGCGGACAGCCAAGAAGAAGAAUAAAAAGAAGAAAGCCAAAUCGCGCCAACCGGUAGCUCAGACAGAGAAAGCAGCCACUUCCACGGCAACGAACAUUGCUACGGAAAAAGAUUCGGACAGAAAGGCCCACUCGGCUUCCUUGACUAGCAGUGGUCAAGCCAAGCAAAUACAGCAAAAGAAGCAAGCCGCAGCAAAGUCCUCUUUGUCGCCAUCACCAACACCAUCACCUUCAACAAAAGCACAGACCAAGGCAAAAGAUAAGGUCAAGGUUCAAGAACGAACACAAAAGGAUGCCGUUAAAGAAAAGCACCAAGACGAACUGGGAGGCGAAGAACAAGUCAAGGAAAUCGAUGAACACAUGGAUCCAACCGCACGAUAUGCUCGUGUGCUGAGAAUCAAAGCCGAUGAUGAAGAAGAGGCUUUUUCGCCUGUUCCCUAUGAGGAAGGUUGGAGCCAAGUACCAGUGUCUUCAUCGUCUAGCCAUGUUUCACGCCCAGCGAGUCAGGCAUCGGAACCUCUGACCAAGAAACAACGAGAAAACAUGGCGCGUGCGGCCAAGAAAAAGCAGCAAAAAGCGAAUGCUGAUGCAUUGCAAGCCGAACGUUUGCGAAGGCAUCAGAAACAGCUGGAACAACAGAAAAUAGCCGAGUUCUACUCCAAGGGCGCGGGCAAGCAUACACCUUGGGGAUCCCAAGGGAAAAAAGCCGCCGGAAGCAGCAAAACCCCUUCAGCAACCGCCGCUCUGAAUGAACACGGUCAACUUAUCUGGGACUGAUGGGCAUUAGUCAUACAAUGGCAGGGCUGAUGAAAAUAAAAAGGAAAAGUUUAGACAUAUGAAGAUUUGGGAAUGCCUAAGAAUGAUUAGAUUCAUAGCUUUUUUACAAUAUUCCUUGGGCAAGGUUAAAUAAUAGUCAAAGAAAAAAUAGUGGUAUAGCAAAAAAAU